CCCCCCCCACCGGUAAACCCAUUGAAAUUAUCGUGUCCCGAUGGUCGGAGCUCAGUUGAGGAUCCAUACGGUCGCCGGACUUUUGACGGAUCAACCGGAAACCAGCCGGUGGAGUGCCAGCUGUCACUGUUACUACUCGAUUCGAAACAUCUCAUUCCAUCUCUCUUCUAAAAAUAAGCAUUGUAGAAAAUCAAGAUUAACGGUGAUCUGCAGCAAAUCGUCACGUGGAAGCUUCAAUCGGAAAUCUAAUCAGAGUGAUGAACACGAUGAUGAUUAUAUUGAAGCCGUUGUCCUCGUCUCAGAGACUAUGAGGCACUACCAAAUGCGUAUGCGUGGAUUUCAAGAACCAAGAUGGCACUCAUCAGCUCACUUGGUUCCAUUUUCUUUUCACACCAAGGAUCCUAUUGCUGAUGCGUCAUCUUUAGGGACAGGAUUUCUUCGCCGUUUCCAGAAUCCAACUAUUUUUCUUAAGAUUUCUUGUGAUGGCGAAUAUGUCUUGCCAAUUAUUGUUGGAGAAUAUGCUGUCGAAAAACUUAUAGAUUCAUUGCAUGAGGAGGAGACGGGGGAUUGGCCGGACCAAUUCCAGCUUGUGAGGAAUCUAUUGCUGAAACUUGGCUAUGAAGUUAAAAUGGUGAAGAUUACAGAAAGAGUGACUAACACUUAUUUUGCCAGAAUAUUUUUCCACAAGCCAGGGGAAAAAGAUAUUAUAAGUGUGGAUGCUCGUCCUUCAGAUGCCAUUAAUGUUGCCAGAAGAUGCAAGGCACCAAUAUUUGUGAAUAAGCACAUUGUCUUGGCUGAUGCAAAAAGAAUAGUUCAUGGAAUGGAGCGAUCUAGCAGAGUUAAGUCCACGUAUGAUGUAUUAUUAGAUAGUGCAUCAGAUGGCCCUGAUUUACUUUCUGAAGAACUUAGUAUGGUGAGAAGUAUGAACUUAGCAGUGAAUGAGGAGCGGUACAAUGAUGCAGCUAUGUGGAAGGACAAACUGAUGAGGCUUCGUGAGUCAACGCACGAGCUCUAAAUCUUCUCCAGAAAUAAAAUGUAAAUAUUCCUUACUGGAUUACAACGAUAAAGGAUGGAAGCUUGCUGUAUUUCAACUUUUCAACGUCAUGCUAACAAAAGUUUCAAGGAAUCAAUAAUCUACAGGGAAGUUCGAAAAUUAUUGUUGUGUAUAGGUUCCCUUGUUGUAAAAAAUCUUUGUCGUUGAAAAGUAAAUGCCCUAUUGGCCUAGCUAACAGCAACGAUGCAUCCUCUAGGUAAAAAUGUAUAGUUUGAUUCUUGCUAAAGAGUAUAUCAAGUUAUCAACUCUGUGAGAGUAGCAUGUACAGUAAAGACGAAAAUUUGAUUGGCCCAAAUCAUCUCGUGUAACAGAUGUUGCAAAGUUGGUACGACUGAAAAGCCUUGUGGUGAUGUAUUACCAUGGCGAACAGAUGGAGUCUUCCCUUUGCCUUUCUGAUGGCUGGACCACUCCUAGAUUGCUCUAUUAGUUAAAAGAAGGGGGCUGGCUGUGCUGAACUGUAUGGUGAGAGAGCUGGAUUAUGCUGAACUCUAUGGUCGGAGGUGGCUAUGCUUAAGUAUAUGGUGUGCAUUGAUUCAUUCAUGUUUACAGCCUCCAGAUUAUUAGAAGCAUUAUUAAUGCCUCCAUGAAAUGAUCGGUUGAAUAUUCUUUUGC